AUGGGUAUUGUUGGAGGGGACAUUGUUGGAGUGGACAGUGUUGGAGUGGACAUUGUUGGAGUAGACAUUGUUGGGUUGGACAUUGUUGGAGUAAACAUUGUUGGAGUGGACAUUGUUGGAGUGGACAGUGUUGGAGUGGACAUUGUUGGAGUAGACAUUGUUGGGUUGGACAUUGUUGGAGUAAACAUUGUUGGAGUGGACAUUGUUGGAGUGGACAGUGUUGGAGUGGACAUUGUUGGAGGGGACAUUGUUGGAGUGGACAGUGUUGGAGGGGACAUUGUUGGUGUGGACAUUGUUGGAGUGGACAGUGUUGGAGUGGGUAUUGUUGGAGGGGACAUUGUUGGAGUGGACAGUGUUGGAGUGGACAUUGUUGGAGUAGACAUUGUUGGGUUGGACAUUGUUGGAGUAAACAUUGUUGGAGUGGACAUUGUUGGAGUGGACAGUGUUGGAGUGGACAUUGUUGGAGUAGACAUUGUUGGGUUGGACAUUGUUGGAGUAAACAUUGUUGGAGUGGACAUUGUUGGAGUGGACAGUGUUGGAGUGGACAUUGUUGGAGGGGACAUUGUUGGAGUGGACAGUGUUGGAGGGGACAUUGUUGGUGUGGACAUUGUUGGAGUGGACAGUGUUGGAGUGGACAUUGUUGGAGGGGACAUUGUUGGAGUGGACAGUGUUGGAGGGGACAUUGUUGGAGUGGACAGUGUUGGAGUGGGCAUUGUUGGAGGGGACAUUGUUGGAGUGGACAGUGUUGGAGUGGACAUUGUUGGAGUAGACAUUGUUGGAGUGGGCAUUGUUGGAGUGGGCAUUGUUGGAGUGGGCAUUGUUGGAGUGGACAUUGUUAGAGUGGACAGUGUUGGAGUGGGCAUUGUUGGAGUCUGUUAA